AUGGCUACCUUUUCCUUUACAACCUGCACUGCGGUCGGCAAUACCUCCCCCCGCUGCACCUCAUCAUGGCUGGCCCAGACUCUAGUGAGGCCGUCGUGUGUUUCCACCUGGAGGGAGCCUCCUCGCGCCUACGACAGCUUCAAAAGGCUGCCUAGGCCAGACCAUCUGUACGUCGACCCGGCUGGCAAGUGCUUGUUCGACAAGAAGCAUGUCUACUAUGGCCAACGGGUCAACAAAACAGCAGCCGCCACGUCUCUUAAGAAGAAGAAGGCGCAGAAGAAGGUCGAGAAGAGCAAUUCCCCCUAUGGUGAAUGGAGUCUCACAGUCUGGGGGUGUGUCGUCACACUUCCUGGAUGCUCCAUCGCCAGACCAGACACUGAAGAACCCCGGAUUGGCUCAAUUUCGAGCUUUGAGGAUGGGUUUCACACACGCCCCUCUAUCAGGCUGCCUGUCCCAGACCACAUCAAGGGGAUCUUGGUUGAUGACUGGGAGAACGUGACCAGAAACAACCAGCUCGUCCCGCUGCCUCACCCGCAUCCGGUCGAUCAGAUCAUCAAUGACUAUCUCGAAUACGAACGUCCGUCGCGCGACCCUGAGUCGCCGCACGUUGACAUUCUCGAGGAGACCAUGGCGGGUCUCAAGGAGUACUUUGAAAAGUCACUCAGUCGCAUUCUCCUCUAUCGCUUUGAGCGCCCCCAGUACCACGAGAUCCGCAAGGAGUGGGAAAAGACUGGGGAGAAUGGACCCAAGUCUGUCUGCGACACGUAUGGCGCUGAGCAUCUCUGCCGUCUCAUCGUCUCCCUCCCUGAACUCGUGGCUCAGACUACAAUGGAUCAGCAGUCCGUAAGCCGUCUGCGGGAGGAGAUCUCCAAAUUCACCGUCUGGCUUGGCAAGAAUGCCACCAAGUACUUUGUAAGCGAGUAUGAGACGCCUGCGCAAGAGUAUAUUGACCGCGCUCGCAACAUCUGA